AUGUUGUUUGACGAUCUUGAUCGAAUUCAAUAUCUCGGUAAUACUCCAUCACCAGAUAUACCAAUACUGCCAAUAAUUUUUCUUUCAACAGUUAUUCAUAGUUUUAUUUUUUAUUUUCUUCCGUCAUCGUUGACCCCAUUAGUUAAAAGUUAUGUUGUUUCAACAUUGCAUGCAAUUAUAUGCAUAUUAAGUGUUGCGAAUUUUUUUGCACGUUAUUCAGUUAAUUUAAAACAAAUUAAUCGAAUAGCUGGUGGAGGAAUUUAUGGUACUGGUGAUGAGAUUAUGACUUAUAGUAUAUGUUAUUCAUUUGGUUAUUUUACAUAUGAUUUAUUAUUGAUGUUAUUAAAUAAAUCAGUAAGAACAAAAUCAGCAUUAAUUCAUCAUAUAAUAAUCUUAAUAGGAUUAUUUUCAGGUAUAAUGAAUGGAAUUUGUCAUUCAUGUCAUUUCUAUUUACUUGGUGAAGAACUUUCAACAAUUCCAUUAAAUUUAAAAGCAAUAUAUCAUAAUCGACCACGUUUACAUACAAUAUUUAGUUAUUUAUUUGUUAUUUGUUUUAUUUUUUGUCGUAUUAUAUAUGGAUCAAUUAUAUGUGUAUAUGCUUUUCGAGCUGCACCUCAAUUUAUUCUCAUGGCAUCUAAUGUUGGGGAUUUAAAAAGUAUUAUUAUUGGUUUAUCACAAGCUGCUUUAUGUAUAUUAACAAGAAUACUCAAUUUUUAUUGGUUUAAUUUAAUUUUACAAAAAUUAUUUCAGUUACAAAAAUCAAAAGAAAAAUUUCUAUAA